AUACGGCCGGAGAAUUGGGAAGGGAGCUUAAUUUAUUAAGUAGCGAUAAUAAAAUUCGCUAGUGUUAGUUAUACUUGUACUUUGGAGAAAGAGUUCAUACAUAUAUAUAUAUAGAUAUACUGAGGCAUUUAAAGUUAGUAAAGCGAAGAAUUAGAAAUUUAUAAAAUGAGGCAUAAUAUGCUAGUUGUGGGCUUAAUCCUUGGGGUUAUUUUAGUAUUAAGCCAAGUGAGUGAAUCUACUCAUCGUUUAAAUUUGCAAAUAGGGCCUAUUAUAGUUGGUGGUAAGGGAAAGCCACCCAAGGGUAGUCCUACUACACCACCUACUCUUACACCUCCUCCUCCUAGUCCUACACCCCCUCCCGGGUUGAAGGUAGGCUUCUAUAAAGGGCGAUGUCCUAACAUAAAUGUCGAUGUUGAGGCAAACAUCGCAACCAAAGUUCAACAAGAAUUUCGCAAGGAUCCAACUAUACUUCCCGCCCUACUUCGAAUGCAGUUUCAUGAUUGCUUUAUUCACGGAUGUGAUGCAUCAAUCCUAAUCAAAGGGUCUUCCUCAGAAAGAACGGCAGGUCCUAAUCUUAGUGUAAGGGGAUAUGAAUUGAUAGAUACUUUAAAAAAUGUUGCAGAAGCUACAUGUCCUGAUACUGUAUCUUGUUCGGAUAUUAUUGCUAUUGCUACUAAAGAAGUUCUUAAAAUGGGAGGAGGAUUGGGAUAUGCCGUUGAAACGGGCCGAAGAGAUGGGCUCGUAUCAAAGGCCCAAGAUGUUGAUCUUCCAAGUCCUUUUGCAUCAGUUUCCGAGAGCAUUUCAGCUUUUGCUGCCAAAAACUUUAGUCCAGAAGAAAUGGUUAUUCUCUUAGGUUGUCAUACAGUGGGAAUAUCACAUUGUGAUUUUUUUGAGGAUCGGUUGUACCAAGGUAGUAGCCAAUUCGACGAAAACAUGGACAAAGACCUUCGAGAAGAACUGAAGCCAGUAUGCCCCCAGAAUGCGGGAUCAGACAAUUUCACGUUUCUUGAUCAAAAUUCAGAAAGCUCGAAUAUAGUUGACAACUCUUUCUUUCAACAAAUUGUCAAGCAAAGAGGAAUCCUCCCAAUUGACCAAGCAUUAGCUAAUGAUCCUCAAACCAGCGGAUUUGUGCAACAACUUGCCGUAAAUCCAAACAUGUUUGCUACUAGAUUGACUACUGUCAUGGUCAAGUUGCAAGCACUCGAUGUUCUCACUGGUAAUCAAGGACAAAUUAGGAAAGUUUGUAGUAAAUUUAAUUGAACUGAUCACAUAUUCAUGUAUAAGAACAAAUUAAGUUUGUAUUUUUACUCUAAGAUAUGAUGCACAAGAUUUCUAGGA